AUGAAAUUUUGGGCAAAAUGGAUGGAAGGCCCUGAUGGAAAUGCAAUUCAUUGGUGGAGCUGUGCUCAUUCGUUGGAGUUCUGGAUCGAUUUAGGGCAAAAUCGCAUCAGGGUGGAUCGACUUGAUGGAGCUCACUGCUUAGUCGCUAGUGGAAGUGAUGCUUACUGCUCAGUCGCUGACUCGCUAGUGGAGAU